UAAUUUAGGUUUUCAUUCAUCUGCAGAAAAGAGCGAGCCAGUUGCUCCCGCUGAAGCUUCUCCUGCCCCAGCUGCCUCAGAGUUGCCUGCUCCACCAGUAGAAAGCAACCAAAAUCCAGAAGUUCCACCUGCUGAGGUGCAACCAGAAAAGCCUGUAGACCCCAUUGGGCUCUUUGUGACACGACCUCAGGAUGGAGAAGUUACUGUCGGUGGAAACAUCAUGUUCACUGCCAAAGUUGCAGGUGAGAGCCUGCUAAAGAAACCGUCAGUGAAAUGGUUCAAAGGAAAGUGGAUGGACCUGGCAAGCAAAGUGGGGAAACAUCUCCAGCUGCGUGACAACUAUGACAGAAACAACAAGGUGUACAUAUUUGAAAUGGAAAUCAUAGAAGCAAAUAUGACUUUUGCAGGAGGGUACAGAUGUGAGGUGUCUACCAAGGACAAGUUUGAUAGUUCUAAUUUCAACCUGAUAGUCAAUGAGGCACCAACAAGUGGAGAAAUGGAUAUUCGUGCUGCCUUCCGACGCACGAGCCUGGCAGGAGGGGGCAGACGGAUGACUUCAGCCUUUCUCAGUACUGAAGGAUCUGAAGAAUCUGGAGAGUUGAAUUUUAGUGCCCUACUCAAAAAGAGGUAAAGUUUCCAUUGCUCAUUAUCAUCCAUUACUACAGGCAUGCUUCCUUCUGAUUAUUGUCCAUGGUCGCUCUCUCUUUCUGUCUCCUGAAGUUACUAUAGCUAUUGGUCACAAGACUCGUGUUUUGCAAAUAUACAUAGCCAGUAGAACUUCUCGCAAUCCGUGACUUAGUGAACUCGUGAACCUGUGGUCAGUUUCUGUUCAGGUGUUCGUAUCACUGUUUAUGAGAUGCAUUCUAACUUCACAAAGAGUACAGAAUCAAGCCAUACAGACAUCUAAAGUUAGACAUCUGACUUUGGAAAGCAAUAAAGCCUCAGUAGCAUUGUAGCUAGCUUAUCUAAAGCAAGCCCCACGUUAUAUGUGACUUCUAACAAAUAUAACCAACUAGAAGUG